AUAUAUUUACAUAUAAGGUAUAAAGUGAAAUGGCUUUAUCAAUACCAACAAUAACUCAACUUUCAACAAUAUUGGAAUGCAAGAUAUGUUUAGGUAUCUACCACAAUCCAAAGUUAUUAAAUUGUGGACAUACGUAUUGUCAGGAUUGUCUAGAUGGUAUCCUUGUGUUUCAAGAUGAUGGAAAUGCUGAAAUGCCCUGUCCAUUAAGAUGUCCCAAGAAGACAAAGUUAGACCAACACGAGACAACAUCAUCAUUAAUUACUAAUUAUCCGUUGGUUGACAUGUUGGGUGCGGUAUCAAAUGCGGAACAAGGGAACUACUUAUGUCAAUCGAUAAAUCAUGAUAAACAAAGUAUCAGCUACUCCUGUACAACCUGCAGUGCAAAAAUUUGCGGCAAAUGUCAAAUCAUACAUUCUUGCGCCAACAAGUCAUAUAUCAACGUCAUUUUUAAUCAAAAAUUGCAAGAAAUCCAACCAUUGUGUACACAACAUAAAUCGCUCGCAAUAGAAGCCUGUAUUGAUUGUGAUAAUGCGUUAGUAUGCGUGUAUUGCACAUACAGAGAUCACAAAAACCACAGAAGAAAAAAGAUUGUUGAAUUUGGAGAAGAAGCAAAGCAAUGGUUCCAAUCCUUUAUAACAUCGUUUGAAGAAACAAAAGCUUCAAUGGAGAACUUGACAAUAAAGUAUGACGAAGCGUUGAAGAAUCUUAAAAGUAGCAGAGAAAUAUUUGUUUGUGAAUUGGAAGUCAGAAAAUUGAAAAAAAUGGAAGAGUAUCGGAAAUUGUUAAAUACAGAAAGUAAAUGUCUGUUACAAACAUUUGACGAAAGAUCAGCAGAUUUUAGAAAGAAAAUAAUUUCCGCUGGUUUGGUCGACAAUACCAAAAUAAAGGAGUUUUCAGAAUACGUAAAAGUAUUUAAUUCAAAAUCUUCAUUUGAAUUAGUUUCGGAAAAAUUGGAAAUCGAAAAGAAACUUAGCUGUAUUUCCUCUUUUCACUUAACCGUCCCAAAUUUUUAUUCACAUCUAUGUCAAAUGAGCGAUAAGGAGUUCUCUGCAAAUCCAUUGGGAGAAUUAGACAUAUCAGUUGAUAAUAUCAGUACUGAUGGUGCGAACCCUAGUGAAUGUACUGUUUUUACUUGCCUGGUUGACAAAACUGAUACACAUGCCAAUCAUUCACGAUUAGUUAAUAAUUCAACGUCCCUUGAAAAAAGUUUGAAAGGACAGGGAUGUUCGUCUGGAGAUGGAAAUUAUGAUUUGGAAGCACAACAAAACAAAGAUUUAAGCGAAUGUAAUGACUCAUCGUUUGAUGAAAUUUUCGAAUGCAUAGAGAUUGGUGACUUUGAGAAAUUUAAAUCAAUUUUUUUUAACAUUAAACAUUUUUUAAACCAUGGUUUUAUAACAAAUUUUUUGGGAUCACUACUGUCAUUUGCUGCCGUACAUUACAACAAACCGUCAAUAUUAAAAUGUUUGAUCGAUGCUGGCUGUGGUGUGAAUUUAGCAGAUACACAUAACAGGAAUGUAAAAUACUACAGUAAAUGUUGUGAUUAUAAUAAUCCUUUGGAAGUUUUUUCUACUGUAAAGGAUAUAAUGAAUCAUUUUGAGAAGAAAGCUGAUCAUACAAUUGCAUGCAGCCCCACACUAUUACAUAAUGCAGCAGGUUUCGGUCACGUUGAUUGUCUUAAAAUACUGCUGUCUGUACCUCAUUUUAAUGUGAACAUACGAAACUGUGCUGGUGAAACACCAUUACAUUUUGCAUCUAUUGCUGGUGAAGUUGAAAAUGUUACGUUACUGUUGUCUGUUUCGCAAAUUGAUGUGAACAUACAAAACUUUGCUGGUGAAACACCGUUACAUUUUGCGUCUAUUGUUGGUGAAACUGAAUGUGUUAAGUUACUGCUGUCGGUACCACAUAUUGAUGUUAUUAAACGAAAUAAGAAUAACAAGACGGCUUAUGAUGUUGCAUUUAACACCACCAUCAAACGUUUAUUAAAAGAACACCAAGGAGAAUAAGAGUUUUAUAAAAUUGUUUUAUGUUCCAAUAUUUAAUAAUAUGAUAUUAUGUACAACUAACAAACGAUUUUUAUACGUAAUAGUUAUUGCAUCGUGACAAGCAAAUAUUUUUUUUUAAGUUUUUACGAUUUAAGUUCCAUAGUGAAAUAUACUAGAACUAAAAAGUGGGAAAAAAUAUUUAUAAAACAAGUGCGAAAAUUAGUUUAUCAUAUAAACAGAUCGUUUAACUGCGAAGGCGAGUUUGAAUAUGUUGAAAUAGUCGCCAUAUCUUGCCUCUCAACAUUCAGCACAAUGGUAUAUUUUAUCGAUGGUUUUUUGAGACGAAGUGACCAUGAAAGGCUUCUAAAAAUAAAUCAUUUUUCUAAAGCUAACUAAUUUUGUAUCACAGGGAAAAUUAAGUGAAAAUUUCAAUAACAAACUUUUGUUAAAAAAUUUUUUGUUGUGGUAUUGAAACAAACUGAUUGUUUUGUAAACGAUAAAAAGAUACAUUUAUCUGUUGUCAAUAUUUUUGGAAAGAAUGAUUUGUCUUUUUUAUUUUGGUCAAAUAAUAAAUUUAUCUUAUUUAACACGAUUACGUUCUUUUAUCGUGAUCUGUCUAAUUAAUUGACACUGGUUAACUGACAGAUUCCAUUUCACCUUUCUAAAAAGGGGACAAUAAGAUAGCGGACAGCCUAUUUAACAGACAUAUUUUAUGUACGACAGGGUAUUUUUGAACUUUUUUUUCUAAUUUAGGAAAAUGAUUCAACUGCUCUUUAAAAUGUAGAGAAAAAGCAAACGAAAACAAAGUGUUUUUUACUAGAAUUGUUUAUUGUUGGUGCGAUUUUACAUUCAAAAUCAAAACAAUUUAGCUAUUUUUCUGCUUCUUAGUAGCUAUUUUGCCAACACUUGUUUAUGGCUUUUUUUCGAUCAGAAAAGUUAUAGCUACUGUAACAAUAUUUCAAGUCAAUAUAUUCUCCUCGUUUACCUGAUUAUCGUUACCUUAUUUUACUAAGGAACAACUCCACAACUCUUAAAAAACCCCGAAAAUAU